AUGGCGUUGGCUAAUAUACUUCUGAGAGCAAUGUGGUAUCAGAUCAACACUGGACACCAUGCAUUGAAAGGAUUUCCAUGGCAACCAUUGUUUCCUAAAGACCUGAUCAAAUCAGCAUUAACAAAUGUUUGGUCUGCUAUCAGAAAUGCGUGUGCUAAACAACUGGUUCACAUUGUGGGGUAUUUCAAGGUGGGAGAUCAGGAGUUACUCUUCAACAGUUUAGUGAAGAUUUGCAAGUGUGAUAAAAGUACAUGGCAAGCCAAAGAGGGUGCUAUUAUGGGUAUCAACGCUAUGAUUCUUCAAUGCAAGGAUGGGACAAGUUCUCGCUCACAGACCCCCCAGUUUGUACUGGAGUCCGACUCUCAGAUUUGUGGACAACCCACAUCGCCAGGUUUUAUAUCUAGACAGAUACAUGCAGUGGUGUUUACCUUGCUGUCAAACCCACAACUGACCAUCAGAGAGAAUGCAGCCAAAGCUUUGUCAGCAUUCAUUUCCUGUUCUGAUGCCAAGGAAGCACUGUCAACAUUAGAAAAGGUUAUUUCUGUUUUGUGGAGCGAGGUUAACAAAAGCCAAGCAGAAAAACAUCAUAGGAAUGUGCAAUUACCGGUGAAGUUUCUGGAUGCGUAUGCUGCAGAAGGGAUUUUAGAUGUCUGUCUUUUCCUUGUAAAGGUGCUGCCCCUGCCACACCUCCUUCCUCGCUGGCCUCGAUACCUGUCCACAUUUCUGUUGUACCUGUCCCAUCCUGCUUCCACUGUUCGACAGGCUGCCAGCAACAUAUUCAAAUAUCUAGUUGCCAAAAGUAGUCACAGUGCUGUGCUGGUGAAACUAGUGCUUCAAGCUUUAACAGAAGGCUGGGAACCUAGUCUUGAUGCUCUUGGUCGGGAGGAAAAAUACAGUGACGUCUCAAGUCACUACACCCGGCCCUCAGUCUCGGAGGCCACAGAUGGCAGUAUCCUUGAAACAUGGGAGAGCAGAGAAGGAAGACUCUUUGCCUAUGAGUUUAUCAUGAAGUUUUUGAUAAAGAACCAGUCUAGCUAG